AUGAUGAUGGACGGAAAUACGAAGCACCGCAUCUUGCUCGCCUACGAGACGCUGGACCGGACUGCGCGAGGCGCUGAAAGGAACAAACCAAUGAGCGCAAAGCCCGCAUCGAAAAAGACACGGCCGUCUUUACGACUGAUCGCUCACAUCGACCGACCGCGUAUUUUUGUGAAGAAGACUGACCAGCCUGCUGAACUCAUUGAGCUCGCCGAGCUGCACGACACGAUGACGCUGCACGGGGAUUCGGGCCCCGGACAUACUGAUCAGCUUUACGACCGAAUGGGCGUCGAGAUUAUUGUAGUUGCCGGCACGGCAUCGCCGGACCCGGCUUGCGACGUGCUCCAACAACGAUGCUACAUCAUCCCGGUCGGCCCGCUGAAGUCCGCGGAAUUGCCCCUUGUGGGAUCUCUUUACAACGAGUACCUGGUCACCCAAACCGACCAGGUCCGCCUGCGCUACAUCAUGCGACUGAGGUCCCAAGAUUACCACCUCCACGCCCUGCAUGUCGCCAUCCGGACCAAGCUGCAGCAGCCGCAAAUCCUCAACCUGUGCCACUGGAACAACGCAGACCUCGGCGUCACCGAGAAGGAGAUUGAGAAAUCGGCGACUUCUACAUCGCUCCACUUUUCAAGCUCACCUCCCAAGGAUAAAGAGCACAGCGCCGAGUUCAUCUGCAUAGAGCUGCGACGGCACUAUCGAGAACAGAGAUGGUUCUUCAUCAAAACCUGGGGCCACUACCAGGCGCAGAAGGAGCGCGAGUGCGUCUACGAGUUCGAGACACCGCAGGCGGCCAUUGAGCAUUUUCAUAGUAGUUUCCUACGACAAACCGGGAAUCAUUGGAGGGACCGGAAGAGUUUCGAGAAGAAAGAGGACAAGCUCGAAUAUGCGCCGCCGGAACAGGCCGUCGACGAAAACGACGAGGACUCGCACACCGAACUGAUCGAGGCUGACCAGCGCCUGUUCUACGGAAUUUUGCCCUACGUCAACAGCUGCCGAUACGACUAUGGGGUCAAUCCGCUGGACGCGUUGAGGAUGAAGGCCGGUCCGGAUAUCAAGCUACGGAUACUCGACCGCGCAAAAGACGAAUAUCGCCAGGUGAAGGCGUUCAUCGAGAAGAGCAUGCCGGAGGACAAAGCGAGGGUUAUGGAUGUGAUCGGCUUCGAAAAACGGGCCGAGACGGACCCCUACCAACGGCACGUGGCUAACAGGACAGUCUUGAUGCACGCCACCAGCUUCUCCCAUUUCGGCACCGUCCUGCUGUCCGGGCUGCGGUUUCCACAAUGGGGCAUU